UGGGGGGGUUCACAUGACAUGAUGAGAGUCAUAAGCCAGUUGGGCAAGGUCUUCUUGGUGCUGGGGAAGACAGAAUGGAGCAAUCAUAUUCAUGGGAGAAUUGGGCUCUUGACAAGGAAAUGGGGGAGGAUGAGGAGGAGUUCCUUCGCGACAUCCUUAGUAAACCGGCUUUUUCUUCCGAGAGUGAAAGUCAAGCACCAGUUGUCUCAUGCUCUGCCAAAAGCAAAAGGGCUCCGAUGACAUACAUUUUGUCUUUUGAUAACUCCACCAUAACACCAGCACCUUCUUCCCCCCCCACCCUAGAGGCCCAACCUGGAAAGAGGGCUAAAAGAGCUUCCCACAUUAUGGCUGAAAGAAAAAGGAGACAGCAACUCACCCAGAGCUUCAUUGCACUUUCAGCCACCAUCCCUGGCUUGAACAAGAAGGACAAGAGUUCUAUGCUUGGCAAAGCAAUUGAUUACGUGAAACAACUUCAAGAACGCGUGACGGAGCUUGAACAGAGAAAGAAGAGAGGCAAAGAAUCGAUGAUAAUCCUCAAGAAGAGUGAAGCAAAUUCUGAGGAUUGCUGUAGAGCCAACAAAAUGCUCCCUGAUGUUGAAGCAAGAGUGACGGAGAAUGAGGUACUCAUUGAGAUCCAUUGCGAGAAGGAAGAUGGGCUUGAGCUGAUCAAAAUAUUGGACCACCUUGAAAAUCUUCAUCUCUGUGUCACCGCCAGCAGCGUAUUGCCCUUUCGGAAUUCAACUCUUAGCAUCACUAUUAUCGCUCAGGUAUAGGUAUCCAUUUGUGGAAGGUCAUUUAAGCUUUCCUGAGAAUAUGACAUGGAUUACUUCAGCACUGUAGCGUUCGAUACUUGAACUUUGGCUCAAGGCAUUUUCUCUACUCCUUAUUACCUUGAAAAAGCAGGGGCACAUUGCAUCCUUGAACCGAUGACCAUCUUUCGGCUAACCUAGCCUCCAUCCCUCGAGAUCACAAAGGAUAGUACAAGAAUAUUCACCAGUUGUUCAUACAUCCUUCCGCUAUGAUGUAAAGAGACUAAAUAUGUGUAAAUCAUGACUCAAAAACGACCAAAGGAUACGGAAGAGUACAACUUAUAAUAAAAUAA